AAUUACCAAAUUAGGCAACGCUAUUUUUAAUAACUUGAGAACUACUUAAGAUAUUUUAAGACUGAUUUCAUAUUUAUAUUGAGAAACAAGAAGCACAUAUGCACAGUGAUUUUCAUUAGAAUAGCUGCAAAAAUAAAAAAAGUAAAUUUUAGAACCUGAUGGCAGGGCCACUUGUUACUGCAAACCUGUGUCCAUAUUUGUUUGUGACAGGUGGUGCAUGCGCUGCUCCUUGGGGAGCUCUGGAACAGGAUAUGCAGUUAGUAAACAUGACGCCUAUCUUCACUGCUUCUUCCCUGUACAGAAUGAAAAAAUUUGCGGUGGUGAAAUUUCCACAAGAAAAAGACUGUGUGGCAGCCGUGCCCCUUUCAUGGCUGUCGGAAAAUCGUGCGGUCUGCCACUGGCCAUCAAAAGAUGCAGGCCUGGAUGCUCUGGCACUGGCCAAGCAGGAGGCUUCACCAGGCACUGUGGAGGAAGGGUGGGAGCCCUUUCCAGUUGAUGUACUGGGAACUUCGAGCACCUACCAAAGAGCAGAGAAAAAGCUUACCAAGUGGAUACACACAUGUUCCAUUGAGUCCUCGGAGAUUUCCGACAAUGCAGUACCGGUAGAAAGGAGAGCAGAGGCGACUCAUCCCCGUCUGCAGAUACCAGUACUAUCCCCACAGGCCCCAUCAAGCUCCUGUUCAAGUGACGGUCCUGGUGAUUCUGCUCCGGCAUCGAAGCAGGAGUCACAGCGGGUUGAAGAGCCUUCACAGAUCCAGGCGAAUGAUGGAGCAACCCGUGCCCAGCUGCGGAUCAUCCACCUGCUAGUGGAACUCCGCCACCAGAACCGUGAGAUGCAGCACGAGACUAUGCAGCUGAGGCUGGAUGUCCAGCAGCUGUCGGACCAAAUAGCAGCUCUAGAGGUGCCAACGGGGCAAGCUGCACCGAUCCCGACGGCUGCGAUUCUUCCACGGGAACUUCCGAGGCUGCCAGCCAGCACCCUGGAGGAGCUGGAAGCAGCGGAGGCAGCCAUUCACGACGAGGCUGUAGCCACAGUCUUGAAGGAGCAGCUCCUCAGAAUUGGAGAGAGAACACUGCUGGAAACGACAGCAAACGUCAUGAAAGGUUUAAUGGGCCACUCUGUCCAAGUCCUAUUUUCACUGUACGGGCGGAAGGAGAAGAGGCCAUUUAACAGCAUGCAGCUGUGCAGAGUUCCAAUUGAUGCCAUUUGCGAGAAGCAAGCCGUGGAUAGGACGACGGCCCUGGCCGUCAUCGGCAAGUGGCUGCCCGGGUCUGUGGACCGGGGCGGUGGAAGAAAAAGGAGGUUUGCGGCAAUGAUUGCCGAACCUUCCGCCCAGCUCUCCGCCGAGCCCUCCGCCCAGCCUCCUGCAGAGCCUGCUGCUGACCCUGCUGCUGACCCUGCUGCUGACCCUGCUGCUGACCCUGCCUAGGUCGCCCUGGUUACGCAAUUUUUUUUUAUAUUUUUAUUUGAUUUAAAUAAAUUAUGAACUCUG